AUGGCGUUUAACCUUUCUGCAAAGAGCGCUUUCAUUGUCGCGCUGCUGGCUUUCAGCGCCAGUGCUACACCUGUCGAACCCAUCAGCCCUUGCGCCGCUGUAACCUGCAGCACCAAUACCUUUUGCAAUGUCAUCAACGGCAAACCCGUAUGCCUACCCAUUUCGAGGCAGCAAAAAUGUGGCAAGGCUGUUUGCGCCCCUGGCCACGUUUGCUGCAAUUCUUCUUGUGGCAUCUGCACCAAGCCCGGCGGCGUGUGCACUCAGCAAAUCUGCCCAGAUAUCGAGUUACAGCCUGUUGAGCCUGCUCCUACGGUCGACAAGAGGGAGGACAUUGUGAAGAUUGAGGAGCCGGAACUCCCAGCGGUGAAGCCAACGAAGUGCGGACCUACACUUUGUGCUCCUGGAAUAGUGUCUAGAGGCCACUUCUUCACCUGCCCCUCGCUACCUUUAACAACCCGCUCGCCAGCAGGCUGGGCCCGAGGACGUUCUGGUCCUCUUUCCAACUUUCAGAUCCAGGUCCUCCAGAUCGAGCUCUGGGGCCAGGCUUGUGAUGUCGCCACGGGGCGCCUUAUCCCAACGUCGAGACCCCGCCAUUUCCCCCUACGCACGGGAUCCCAGCCCCACAGGGGCAUUGACCGCGACAUCGAUUCAUCGGAGUCGGAGUCGGAGCUGGAGAUCCACAUCCCCGGGUUCGUACAAGUGUGA